CUCACAUAUAUAUAUUUAUAUAUAUAUAUACAACUCGUCUAAACAUCAGCCCAACAAUGUUAGAUCUGUAAAUUUGCUUUCGCAAAUUUUUUGUUCUUCCCUCGCCGGGAUUAUAUAAACUACAUUAAGAACUAUAAUCAUUUACAAUUAUUAUACGGACUUUAAUAUGUUCUUUUCAGGGCAAUUUAUAUCUAGUAAAAUGGGAAGGUUAUCCAUAUACUGAGACAACCUGGGAACCACAAUCGCACAUCGAUCAAGAUUCUCUGUCUGAAUAUUUUCCAAAGAAAAUCGAACACCAGCGCUUACUGUCAGCAGCAAACGCGCUCGAGGACGCUAUUCAUGAUCGACUAAGACGAGGCAACAGAAAUAACAGAUCCGUGGUCAAAUUUGAUCUUGACAUUUUUAGAUAUUGCUUUCAUAGCGACAAAGCUGUAUUACUGAACUCUACACAAGAUUUUUCAAGACUUCCUUUAAGUAACAGUUGGUACUAUAAGAUUGCUCAAAACGGAACUGGUCAGAAAAUCAAAUUCCCAAUUUUGCUCACACCAAAACUGCGUAUGAGAAAGAUAUACGUUAAAAUUGACGACAAAGUCGUAUUGGAAACCAAGCCAAUUGAAACAUUAUGUGUAACUUCUGCAACUUGUAACUUUUUGUAAGCCAAUUGUUCAACCGUGUGUUUAUUUGUGUUUUGUAAACUAUUUAUUGUAUAUACUUUAGCAGCUUUAAAGUUUCUUGAUAAAAAAAGUGAACAUGUCAAAACACUUAUCACCAUACCAGAAAUUUAAAUUCCUAAGCACUAUAAGCCUAGGAUCGCAAUUUCCGUUUUAAAAAGAGAUUUCCAAUCCGAAGAUAAAAUUUCUCUUACAAUUGACAUUAAGUAUUCCUUUGUGCGUGAACUUCACAAAGCAAAGUGUGAUUUUCCAGAACUUAGCUACAUUUGUAUAUUAAACUCCCAGUUAAAACCAGUAUAUCUGAAACCGUGCGAUCGACUUGAUGAAAGACUGCGACGAAUCUGUAGUGAAGUAUCAUCAAUAUACAAAAGACAAGUUGGAGGUCGUCAAAAAGAAAAACUGGACGAGAAAUUGAAAAAGCUAGCCGUUUACGAUACCGAAAUUGAAAUCGCAUCAAAACUAUAUGCAGAUGUAUCCAAGUUUGAAAAAGACAAUGUAAAGUUGACAGAAAAAUAUCGCUUACUGCUGAAAGAAUUAAUUGAAACAAAUAAAAAGUUUGCAGAAGUUGAAAAAGAAUUGUCUGAGAAUAUGACUGCUCUAGCUGAUGUAACCAAAGAUAAAGAAGCAUUGCUUGAUUGUUUAGGGGUUCAAACAGCGGAACCAGUCUCCUAUGUGCAUACAGGUAAAAACGUUGACGCUAUGUCAAGAACUCAGAAGUACCGAAUUACCAGAACACUUAAAAGUAAAAUGGAAAAAGCACUGUGGUUUGCAGAUUCUUACGGUUUGCGCCCGACGGCUGUCAAACUAUUAAAUUCCAACGGUGAUCCAGUAAGCGUCCCACUUGGCAAUUCUGUACCUUCUGAUGAUAUAGAAAGAAUGAACGAAAUCUUAUUUAUUCUUGACAAGUUUAAAAUAAGUGACAACGCUUAUCAUGAAAUAGUUAUGAAAACAGGAGAUCUACCGAAGCUACACUCUAUUGUUAGCAUUAGGGAAAAAACAAAUAACACGUUUGCAAUCCAUCGCACUCCCGGUAACACUCCCGGUGCUUAUGUUAGUCUGAAGUCCGAACUGAUCAAUAUCAUCAAGACCAGGGCAUUUGAUCAACAAGACAAAAUACAAAUAAAAAUUUCGGGAGAUGGUACAAAAGUUACACGCAUAUCAAACUUUAUUGUCAUUUCGUUUGCAAUUUUGUCAGCGGAAAAAUUGUCUGCUGAAGAACUUGUAGUACUUGCCAUCGUUAGAACUUCCGAAAAGUAUGAAAAUCUUGAAGAAUGCCUUUCCCCAGUUUUUUCUGAGAUAAAUGAACUGUAUUCAUGUAAACACAUACAGGUUGACAGUAAAUUAUAUAAGCUAGAAAUUUUCUUUGGCGGCGACAUGAAAUUUAUUCAAAUUUGCUUAGGUCUUGGGUCGUCGACCGGCCAAUACGCAUGUCCUUGGUGUAAAGUACAUAAGCAGGACAGAGGGGACGUGUCUAAGCCCUGGAACUUUUACCAUUUGAACGAAAAUGUAAGAACUACAUCUGAAAUAAAAGAAAUUUACAAGGGCACAUUAAAACCCAAUUAUACGGAGUGA